AUGCGUUAUGGAGCGUUGCCUGCGAUAAUUAAUGUUCCAUUGGAAGUGUUGGAGGUAGCCGGUAUCGAUAUAGAGAAUUCAGGUGAAUUAACAGAAGAUCAAAUAAAUACAAUUAUGUCUCUGAUUGAACCAAAUGGUGCAACUCAACAGAAUGAGUUGAAACAUGAGCAUAUUGAUAUACCGCAUUCUUCUUAUUCUAAUGGUAUGUCUAGUUCUUCAUCCGAUGCUGGAGAUCGUUUAACAUUGUAUAUUCUGGAUGAUGGCUCAUUGAAACUUACGGAUGCUACACUUCAGAAGGAAUAUUUUUUUACACCGAGGGACCUAGCGUUGCAUAAUAUUGAUGUCGACAAUUUAACUGACGAAACUUUGCAACGAAUCAUUCAGAUGGCCAUGGAAUCAAAUGAAGUGGUGACAACAAAAAAGCGAAGAAUGGAAGAUGUUGGCUGUGUGGAAUUUUCACCAAAUUUUUUACCUAAUACUUCAGUGGAACCGCCAACAUCUAGUGCUUCAAAAACAGUUCUUGUCAGUGAAGAUCACCAUGUUGAAUCACAACUAUCGUUAAUAGGCACUGAAGUUGAAAUUAAACGAGAUGGUAAAAUAUAUUCGGCUACAAUUAAGUACUGUAAGCAAAGUGGAGGAUAUAAAGUGCAGUUCAGUGAUGGCCAUUUCGAGUGGGUUAGUGAAGAUGAAAUGCGAUUGCUUCAUGAUGAAAGUUCUGGGAAACGUAGUGAUCAUGAAUCAUAUAGUGAAAGAGCUAGAACUUUAUCUUCUGAAAGUGUUGGUGAAGAUACUAUAUCAAAAAAUAUUAAUGGCCGAAGAUGCAUUUCCCAGAUUCCAGGUAUUAAAGUUACUCCAGCGAAUGGUUGUCAUAAGUAG